AUGGCAGCCGAGCAGAGAAAGCUGCUUGAGCAGCUUAUGGGCGAGCAGUUGCUGGCUGGCCCUGGCGCAUCGCGCGCUCCUCAAUUGUCCAUCACUGAUCCAAAGGUGUGCCGCUCCUACCUUGUCGGCACCUGUCCUCACGACCUGUUUACCAACACCAAACAAGAUCUCGGUCUAUGUCCAAAGACCCACAGCGAAGCCUUGAAGUCCGAAUACGAAAAUGCAGACGACCACCAAAAGCGCAAAUGGGGCUUUGAGUUCGACUACAUGCGAGACAUGCAAAAAUACAUCGAUGACUGCAACCGACGCAUCGACAGCGCUCAGCGCCGCUUGGAAAAGACCCCUGAUGAGAUUCGCCAAACAAAUGCUCUUUUGAAACAGAUUGGCGAACUGUCGCGCAACAUCGAGGAUGGUCUGGUCGAGGUCCAGAUCUUGGGCGAGCUGGGCAGUGUCAAUACGGCAGUCACAGAAUACUUCCGUAUCAGGCAGCAAAAACAGUUGAAGGAGGAUCGCGAACGUGAGCUCAAGGCUCUAUCCGACACUUCAGGCCCCUCGGGUCAUCAGAAGCUCCAAGUCUGCGAUGUGUGCGGCGCAUACCUCAGUAGAUUGGACAACGAUCGCAGACUGGCGGAUCACUUUUUUGGAAAGAUGCAUCUUGGUUAUGCACAAAUGCGCAAGACAUACCAACAGCUACAGAAGGAUCUCCAAGGUCGACAACCGCCGAUUCGUGACGAGCCCUCCGGUCCUAGAGGUGGUUACGAUGACAGAGAGUAUGGCGGUCGCAGCGGUGGAUAUGGCGGCAGACGGGGCGGAGGUGGUGGUGGCUAUGGAAGAAGGGGAGGUGGCAGAUGGUGA